AUGGCUCUGAAGCUGGCCUACAGUCACGCGGUGAUGCAUGCAAAUCGACCUUUUCUUCUUGAGAACGCGAUACCAACCGAUUCUCUCGAGACCGAAAGGCGUGUGGAAGAUUGCAUGGGCGGAGCAAAGAUGGCCCUAGAGACAGUCGAACACAUGGUCUCGGACGGGUCUCUAUUUCACUCUCUCUGGUGGACGCCAUACGUAGCAUUUUGUGCCUUGGCCGUGGUAUACGUCUGGGAAAUCCAGCACAGGUCAACAUCUUUCCCUGAUAAACAGCGCAACUCUGCGUUACUCGCUUUGGCAGAGCGCUGCCAAGGAUAUCUUACCCAAUCGUUACCAGAUGAAUCUUUGAGCAGAAGGUAUGGCAUCAUCCUUGAGGAACUAAGACUGGAGGCCAAGCAAAGUCGACACUGCGACGCAGCAGCUCAAGCGCCAGAAGCAGCGACUGGACAACAGUCCGCAUCGAGACGGUGUCUGGACGCCAACAUGGCCACCACCAACAUGCCCGAGCCUACUAUUCGUGCAAGCGACCCAGACGAGUUUCAAUCGACCUCAAACCUUCUAAGUCAGUGGCAGCCGACCGAUUGGCUUGACCUUGACUCUUCGGUGCGUAUGACCCAGACAUGCCCCGGACUGCGUACAUUGACGCCACUGGACUGA